AUGUCUUUGGCCGGCCUUAAGAAGCAGUUGAAUAAAGCGAAUCAAUUUGUGAGCGAAAAGAUCGGUAACGCUGAGGGAACCAAAGCUACCGAUGAGUACAUCGAGUUAGAGAGACAGACAGAUGUGAUACACGCUGUGGUCGACGAUAUGGUCAGUAAGACUAAGGAAGUGUUGCACCCGAACCCCGCCCUUAGGGCCAGAAUGGCUGUCAAUUCGAGGAUUAAUAGCACCAGAAAGUCGUGUUAUCCGCACCCGGAAAAGGAUUUGGGAGAAUGUAUGACCAAAUACGGCACUCAACUCAAAGAUGGAUCAGCUUUUGGCAGAAGUCUCGUUGAAGUCGGAGAAACUUUUAAGGAAUUGACAGAAAUUAAGUCUAAAUUUGAAGACAGAGUUAAGACUAGAUUUUUGGAUCCAUUGAAUCGAUUGCAGACCAAAGAUAUAAACGAUUGUAUGCAUCACCGGAAGAAACUCGAGGGCAGGAGAUUAGACUACGACUGCAAGAGACGGAAGAUAUCUCGUCAGUCAUCUCAAGAUCACGACCCGGACGUGAAGUUAGCCGAAAGCAAAUACAACGAGUCGUUUAAUUUGGCGACCGUUGCGAUGAAGAACCUGUUGGACAACGAAGAGGAACAAAUACCUUCAAACCAAUUGCUAUCGACUUUGGACUUCAAUUCAAUCACAUCUCCCUCUUUGAAUGAGAGCUCAUCCGGACUCUGGGCCUCGAAGUCAUACAUUGCGCGACACUUUGGUUUCGGUUUAUCUAAUAAUUUCGGUCUUUCCGCUGGUUUUGGUCUCUCAGUUGGUCUGAUUGACUGA